AUCUCAAGUUCACUGACACAUUAGCUAACAAAGCGAAGGUUAGCAAAGGUGAAGCCGGUGAGCGAGAAACAGCGAGAAUGGGGAGGAAGAAGGGAGUAGCAGAGUUCGAGGAGACGGGUCCGGAUGACUUCGAUCCGUCGGACCCGUACAAAGACCCGGUGGCGAUGCUUGAAAUGAGGGAGCAUAUAGUGAGAGAAAAAUGGAUCCAAAUUGAAAAAUCGAAGAUCUUAAGAGAGAAGCUGAGAUGGUGUUAUCGCAUCGAAGGCGUUAAUCAUCUCCAGAAAUGUCGUCAUCUUGUUCAACAGUAUCUCGAUUCCACUCGUGGUAUUGGUUGGGGCAAAGACCAACGCCCUCCCUCCCUCCACGGUCCUAAGGUGGAGGUAGCUGAGUCUGAAUGAAUUCUUGAGGUGACUGAAAUUAGAAGGGGAUUUACACUGGAAGUGAAGGGAAGAUGGGGCACGUGUUUGUACUAAUUUGAUGCUUUGCUGUUACUAUGUUCCUUUAUUAGGAUUUGCCUAUCAUACAUAGUUUUUCUUCUCAUGUGCACGAGCCAUAAAUUACUGGCUUUUGGAAAUUGAAAUCCUUUUGGUUAUUGACAGUGAAAAAUAACUCUUUGUGAUUUGGACAGGGCUAAUGAAUGGAAGUAACUCAAGAUAAUGAAAUAAGUUUCCUGUCA